GCGCGCGAGGGGCGGGGCCCGGGGCGCUCGUGCGGGAGGCGGCGCCGAGUGUCGCUCCUGGUGCAGCCGCGUCCGCCCGGCGCCGCCCGCAGAGCCGCCCGCCCGCCGCAGCCGCUGUAUGGUCCUUCCCCGCGCCGCCGCCGCCGAACCCCCGCCGGCAGCUCCGCGGCCUCCAGCGCCUCCUCCUCUUCCUCCUCCUGGUUCUGCUCCUCCUGCCCCCGGCGGUGGCGCCCGCACCCCGGCUGUAUGAUCAGGCUACAGUCUUCAAUGAGUAACCAUAUUCCUCAGUUCUGUGGUGUUCUUGGUUACACAUUUAUGGAGUUUCUGAAGGGCAGUGGAGACUACUGCCAGGCACAGCACGACCUCUAUGCAGACAAGUGA